CACCACAAGCUGACCUACACAAAGACAAAUAGUGAGACACCCUCUGAGACACUUUGGAGAUACAGGGUCGUAUGGGAUACCUACGUAUCAGUCUUCUUUUUUGUUGUUUUUGGGGGGCUUCUCUGCUCUCAUGUCUCAGCAAAAGACAGAUUUGGGAGGUACAAAUUAUCGUCUUUAAAAGAUGAAAUCAUCAUGGGAGCAGCUAAAGUGGUUAUGCUCAUUUAUCUUGAUCAACAUAACCUGUUGUUUCAUGAUGUUAAUCAUAACUGGAAUGGCUGGUAUAGACCGUUGACAUUUGUUGAAGAGGUGCAAAUGAACUGAGCAAAUGGAUAUCGAAUGCCAGGACUGGACAGACAGCCAAUCAGAUGAAGACAGUGACCUAGAGGAGUUCCCAUACGGAAUCCAAGAGCGCUUUGAUGCUGACCAGUAUCGUCACCCCCAGCUAGACACUGACAUAGAGGCAGUCAGAGGCCUUUACUCUGACACAGCAGUCUCCGUCAGAGAGUAUGGGACGAUUGACGAUGUGGAUGUGGACUUGCAAAUCGAUGUCAGCUUCUUGGAAGGGGAAGUGGCCAGGGCCUGGAAGAUCAACCCAACAGAACCCAUUAUUGUCCGCCUACGCUUCUCUCUUUCCCACUACCUCGAUGGUCCUGCACCUUCCGUGGAGGUUUUCCAACCCUCCAACAGAGAUGGCUUCAGCCUUGGACUGCAACUUCAGAAGGUCCUCGGCAUGUUCAUAUCUCAACAGUGGAAACGUCUCACUAAUGACAUCAUCACAACCCAGCAGAAGACCAGACAUAAUUGGUUCAAACCCGGAGGAACUAUCAAGAGGUUCCGUGCCAGACUCAACAUUUGGUCACCCAUGUCCAGGUCAAAUACCCAGGAGCAAACGCUGAAGGCGAAGCUACUGGUGCCUGACCUGAAAGUGAACCGCCUGAUGAAUAGAACAAUAUCGUACACGAUCAAAAAUCCCAAUGGAGAGCUCUUUACUUACACACCUAGUGGGAAGAGAGUGGUGGUGUCCGCGGUCAAGUCUCCAGCCCAUGUCAGCACUAAACAACUGUUCGAGCUGCUCUUUUCAUCUCAGGCUAUUCAGCACUGCAAGAACACCCCGACACUGCAGCACGGCUUCUUAGUUCAGAUAAUGAAGUAUGCAGAGCAGAGAAUCCCCACACUGAAUGAGUACUGUGUGGUUUGUGACGAGCGACAUGUCUUUCAGAAUGGCUCCAUGUUAAAGCCAGCCGUUUGCACCAGGGAGCUGUGCGUGUUUUCCUUUUACACUUUGGGAGUGAUGUCUGGGGCUGCCGAGGAGGGGGCCACGGGAGUGGAGGUGGUGGACCUGCUGGUGGCCAUGUGCAGGGCGGCGCUCGAAUCCUCACGCAAGAGCAUCAUCUUUGAGCCGUACCCUUCUGUGGUUGAUCCUUGCAACCCUAAGACUCUGGCUUUCAGUCCCAAGAGGAAGAGUUAUGAAAGGUUGCAAAAAGCCUUGGACAGCGUCAUGUCCAUCAGGACGAUGACGCAGGGUCCCUAUUCUGAAAUCAAGAAGCAGAUGGACAAAACCGAUCCCCUUGCACACCCCUUACUGCAGUGGAUUAUAUCAAGCAACAGAUCCCAUAUUGUCAAGCUGCCACUAAACAGGCAGCUGCAGUUCAUGCACACACCACAUCAGUUCCUGCUCAUCAGCAGUCCACCUGCCAAAGAGGCUCAUUUCCAAGCAGCCAGGAAGCUCCAUGGCAGCACUUUUGCCUUUCAUGGUUCACACAUAGAAAACUGGCACUCCAUCCUCAGAAAUGGACUGGUUAAUGCCUCCUACACAAAGCUACAGCUACAUGGAGCUGCGUAUGGGAAGGGCAUCUACUUGAGUCCUAUCUCAAGCAUAUCUUUUGGAUAUUCAGGGAUGGGUAAAGGUCAACACCAGAUUCCCUCCAAAGAAGAGCUGAUCAAACAAUGUAACUGUCUGAACACAGUAGAACAGGAAUAUUCAGGACAGGCCAGAUUUCUCCAGAGCAGAAAUUUAAACUGCAUAGCACUUUGCGAAGUCAUAACAUCAAAGGACCUUCUAAGACAUGGAAACAUCUGGGUGUGCCCCACACCAGACCAUGUGUGCACACGCUUCUUUUUUGUAUACGAGAACGGCCAAGUGGGAGAUGCUAACAUCAACACCCAAGAUGUCGAGAUCCAAAAGGAGAUUUUACAAGUGACCGGGACAACAAGCUGCUAAAGGAAACGGUGGAUACUGACACAAACAUCAGGGACCACUGUGGUGUCGAAGAUCAUGUAUAGACUUUAAGAUAUGGCUGGAUUUACCAUUUUGAUCAUCUGUGGCUGAUUUCUCUCAGCAAUUCAUCUUGAUCAAAAUGUCCUUAUUCAUUCUGCUCCAUUCGAUUUUUUUCACAAAGGAGAACAAUUUACAACAAAGUUACAUGUGCUCAAUUUUGCAGCAUUUAAAAUGUUUCCUUGAGUGAUAUCAUUGUGAAAAGAUACCUUUGGAAAGUUGAAUCAAAGCAGGACACAUAAACAGUUGAUCACAUAUGUAGAUCUGCGUUAUGUGACAUUCUGAGAAAACUGUCUGGCUUUUUAUUGGAUUCCUGGAUUUUGGAUACAGUGGAGAUUUUCUAACUUGAGAUUGUUGUGGUCUCUCAAAGAGUGUCUCAAAAGUGUGUCAUUGAUGACUGAGUUAAAUUGGAGAAGUUUAACUCUGAGAUCAUGCAUUUAGGAACGUGAACAUGUGAACCACUAUGGAUCUCCAGGAGGUUUACCUCCUCUCCUAUAUAUUUUUGUGUACAUGGAAUUGCCACAGAGCAAUUAAUUUGACUUGCCUUUAACCUGUUUCACAGUUUCCAUGUGAUUUGUUUUAAGAGUAAUCACUCUUGGCACGACUGAAUAUGU